AUGGUGGAAUCAACGUUGAUAUACAGAUAUGAUGCCCUUCCACUCUGUGGCUCAGUCGACGACGAUAACAGCUCCAAUGCCCAAGCUUUGCUUGAACAAAAGAAGAAAUGCAAGAUAUUAAUCAGUAAGAUUACUCCAAACUCCGAACCACAAGCAACAAUUGAAUCAGAUGACUAUAACAUUCACUAUUUGAUUUCGCAGAGUAUAAUAUAUUUAUGCAUUUGCAAGAAAUCGUACCCUAGGAAAUUAGCAUUCUCCUACCUUAGUGAAAUUGCCAAUGAGUUUUACAACAGUCACGGUGCCGAUGCGUUGUCUCGUACUGCUAGACCGUUUGGAUUUUCUUCCUUUGACAAUUUUUUGAACAAGACGAAGAAAAUUUAUCAAGACCAACGCGCACAAUCCAAUUUGGACAAGUUGAAUAAUGAUUUAGCGGAUGUUAAAAAAGUUAUGACCAAAAAUAUAGAAGAUCUUUUGUAUCGAGGUGAUUCUUUGGAUAAAAUGAGUGAUCUAUCAAGCUCUUUGAAACAGGACUCGUUGAAAUAUAGGAGAAGAGCUCAGCGAAUAAAUUUUGAGGCUAUGAUCAAGCAAUAUAUUCCAGUUGCAGGGGCAGGACUUAUCUUUUUGUUCCUUUGCUAUUACUAUUUGAAAAAGUGA